GACAAGAAAGGGGAAUUGCAGGAGAGAAAAGCCUCUCUCUCUCUCUCUCUCUGCAAAAAAAGAGCUUUAACUCUCUCCUGUCAAUGGCGGAUUUUGUUUCACAUCUUCAUAAAACCUUCCUAUCAUUUUCCCUUUUUUUCUUCUUCUCUACAUUUUAGUCUCUUCCUUUUCUUCUUCUUUUUUCCUCUCUUUUUUGGCUUAUAAUUUUAAGGAAAAAAUCAACAAUUUUCAGGAGUUGAUCUUAUAAAGUAUCAUGGGUAAUUGCUGUGUGAAACCGGGUAAAUCUGGUGAAAAAAAGAAGAAUAACAAACCCAACCCUUUUUCAAUUGAUUAUGGGGGGACUAAACAUGCCUGUGGGAGUGGAAACAAGCUUGUUGUAUUAAAAGAUCCAACAGGAACAAAUAUACAUGACAAGUAUGAUUUGGGCCGUGAGCUCGGAAGAGGAGAAUUCGGGGUUACUUAUCUAUGUACUGACUUGGAAGCAGGCGAGAAAUACGCCUGCAAAUCGAUAUCCAAAAAGAAGCUUAGGACUGCAGUGGAUAUUGAUGAUGUUAGGAGAGAGGUUGAGAUCAUGAAACAUUUGCCUAUGCAUCCCAAUAUUGUUACCUUGAAGGAUACAUAUGAGGAUGAUAAUGCAGUGCACAUUGUGAUGGAAUUGUGUGAGGGUGGGGAGUUGUUUGAUCGAAUCGUUGCUAGAGGCCACUAUACGGAGAGGGCAGCUGCUGGGAUUUUGAAGACUGUUGUGGAAAUCGUUCAGAUGUGUCACAGGCAUGGGGUAAUGCAUCGUGAUCUCAAACCUGAGAACUUUCUUUUUGGUAACAAGAAAGAAACAGCUCCGCUGAAGGCUAUUGACUUUGGAUUGUCUGUAUUCUUUAAACCUGGGGAACGCUUUAAUGAGAUAGUGGGAAGUCCUUAUUACAUGGCUCCUGAGGUCCUAAAGCGCAAUUAUGGACCAGAGGUCGAUGUCUGGAGUGCUGGAGUAAUACUUUACAUUCUUCUUUGUGGUGUUCCACCUUUCUGGGCAGAGACUGAACAAGGAGUAGCCCAAGCGAUUAUUCGUUCUGUGAUUGAUUUCAGGAGGGAUCCAUGGCCUAAAGUUUCUGAUAAUGCAAAGGAUCUUGUAAAGAAAAUGCUUGAUCCAGAUCCAUGUCGACGUCUCACAGCUCAUCAAGUUCUUGAGCAUCCCUGGUUACAAAAUAUAAAGAAAGCACCAAACGUCUCAUUGGGUGAGACUGUAAAAGCAAGACUCAAGCAGUUUUCAGUGAUGAACAAGCUCAAGAAAAAAGCUCUGACGGUUAUAGCUGAGUUUUUGUCUGCGGAGGAAGUCGCUGGAAUGAAGGAAGCAUUUGAAAUGAUGGAUACUAGAAAGAAGGGCAAGAUAAACCUUGAAGAACUUAAAAAUGGCCUGCAGAAGGUUGGGCAUCAGAUCCCGGAUGUUGAUCUUCAGAUUCUCAUGGAAGCAGCCGACGUUGAUGGAGAUGGAAGUUUAAAUUAUGCAGAGUUUGUUGCUGUAUCUAUUCAUCUUAGAAAGAUGGCCAAUGAUGAACACCUGCACAAAGCAUUUUCAUUUUUUGACAAAAACCAGAGUGGUUACAUAGAGAUUGAAGAGCUGCGUAAUGCCUUGAGUGAUGAGGAUGACAGCAAUAGUGAGGAAGUCACCAAUGCCAUUAUGCAUGAUGUUGAUACAGACAAGGAUGGUCGGAUUAGUUAUGAGGAAUUUGCUGCGAUGAUGAAGGCUGGUACGGAUUGGAGAAAAGCAUCGAGACAAUAUUCUCGUGAACGUUUUAACAGUCUCAGCUUAAAAUUGAUGAGGGGUGGCUCAUUACAAGUUGAAAACAACGUCUAGACCAUCAAAUCCAGAAGAAAGAAAUGUUAAAAGAGGAAAAAAUAUAUUUUUCUUUCUUUAAUAUACGUGUGUAUAUAUAUCCCUUUUUUCAUUUUAUCAUUGAGCAUGAAAGUCUUGUUUCCUCUCUUUCCGUUUUACCCCUCUGCCCUUUAAACUCCGUCAUAGACAAUAUCAUGGAAUGUAUGUGGAAUCUGGAAAACUAGGUUUAUUUUACUUGUAAAUAUAUGGAAUCAGAGAUCAUAAAAAAAGUUAAACAUUUUUCUCUUAGACAUUCAUUAUUGAAUUAA